AUGGAUGUAGACGUCCGACCAGUAACAGAUAACGCGGCUGUCUCUCGAGGGGCCUCGGAAGAAGGGAGAGCUUCAUCUGUUCCUGUUCCCGCCAGUGACCUCGCCGUCGGCUUUGUCUACGCGCCAGAGAUGCUAUUACAUAGCUUUGAAAGUAGUGACCCUGAAGCCGAUCAUCCGGAACGACCAGAGCGUAUAGCCAAGAUUCACGAGAUCCUUAUGGAGAACGGGUGCAUCGUGAGGAUGAAGAAGAUUCCGAUACGACGCGUGAAACGCGAGGAAGUACUUCUCGUCCACAGCGAGCUGCAUUGGAAUUCCGUGCUUAAGCUUCAAUCACUCACUCCUCAAGAUAUCGUUAAUUCCGAACAAUAUUACAAUGAUCUCUCGCUUUAUGUCCAUGUAGAAACUCCGAACAGUGCCCGACUAAGCUGUGGUGGCGUUAUUGAAGCAGCUCUUGCAGUUGCGCGAAAUGAGCUCAAGAAAUCUUUCGCCAUUGUGCGCCCGCCUGGUCAUCACGCUGAACCAGAUAAAGCCAUGGGCUUCUGCUUCUUUAAUAAUGUCGCUGUUGCGGCUAAAGUUGUGCAACAGAUGACUCCCAUCAAGAGGAUAUUGAUCCUUGACUGGGACGUCCACCACGGCAACGGGACACAGCGGGCAUUCAAUGAUGACCCGUCGGUGCUUUACAUCUCGCUUCAUCGGUACGAUGGCGGCCAAUUCUAUCCUUGCGGGUCAUUCGGCAGCCUUGUAUCCUGCGGUGAAGGGGCAGGGCUUGGCUACUCCGUCAACAUUCCUUGGCCGGAGAAAGGGAUGCGGGACGCAGACUAUAUACACGCCUUUCAAAAGAUCGUGAUGCCCAUCGCUUUGGAAUUUGCUCCAGAGCUUGUAAUCAUUUCUGCUGGUUUCGAUGCUGCCGACGGGGAUGAACUUGGCCAGUGUCAUGUUACGCCCGCAGGAUAUGCGCACAUGACCCACAUGUUGUCUGGACUGGCAGGUGGUCGUUUGGUAGUCGCGCUUGAGGGAGGCUAUAAUCUAGAGUCAAUAUCAGCUUCUGCGCUGGCGGUGGGUCGGACAAUUCUUGGGGAGUCGCCCCCCGAGAUGCCGCCACUAGUAGCGUCAGAAAACGCCACGGAGACAGUUUGGCAGGUGGCCAUGGAGCAAAGCAAGUACUGGAAAAAUAUCGACCCAAAAGCUUGCGAGCCGCGCGAAGAUAUCGAGGAGAUCACAUUUUCCAUUCCGGAACUGUUGAAAGCCCAUCGUCAAGAGUACAUGUACCGACAGUUCGAUAUGCUUGAGGUUCCUUUGAUGGACGACGAACAUCAAGAACGGUUCUCGUCCCAAGUAAUGUGUUCUGCAGACUUGAUGGACAAUGAUGUCCUUGUGAUCUUUGCCCACGAAUUCGGCAACCUUCGAGUGGAGUUGGCGAACAGUGCUACAUGUGAUCUUCGUAUGGAGCAUGGAUAUCUGAUCGAUGUUUCAAAGCAGAUUGUUGAAUGGGUACGACAGGAAGGCUACGCCCUCUUGGACGUCAAUCUCUUCCCAAAACCUCCCUUACUUCGGCAGCAUCCGUAUGCCCCAAAAUCAUCUGAGGAGUAUGCCAGAGAAGUCAUGGUUUAUCUAUGGGACAACUAUGUCAUGUUGUCGAAUGCCAAGAGGAUAAUACUGCUAGGUCAUGGGCCUGGUGUCAUCGCCGUGUCCGAACUUCUUGAUCAUCGAACAACGGCCGUCCAAAGAUAUGUACAGUUGGUCAUCCAGAUUGUAGGAUACGCCAAAAUCCCGUUGAUUCCUAGAAAAGACACCGAGGUGACUUCUUGGUACGGAAAGCACUCUCUCGUAAUCGUCCCGGAAGACCAUCAAAUAUUCCGCGCAAGCAAGAAAAUUCUUCAGCGGCACGGAAAAGUUGUCCAAAUAGGUAAGUAG